AAAAAAUAAAUGUGUGGAUUCGAACAUCAUGGUAGCGUGUGGGCUGCACGGCUGCACGACCGUGCUGUGGCACAUCGCAGACCAUGCAGGGCAUCCCCAUGCAGUGUACUGUAGACACGGUAGCCUCCAGAUAGACCACACAAAAUUAACUUACUAAUCUUCCUGCAUCUUUCUACCGCAGAUUUCUCUUUAGUUGCUUCGAUAUCUACGGUGGAACCAUGAAUACAACCAUUCCCUCUUUGAUAAGCACCACGACCCCGCUGGACAGCACACAAGGACCUCCCAGUGAUCCCAAGGACUUUUCCGAGUUUGUGGAUGAGAGCACUCACCAUAAUGUGGGUGAUGUGAGCAAGGAAGUGAAUCCCAACCAACCAGUGCAAGAGGUGAUUGGGAAGCAGGAAGACAAGGCGGUCUUUUGCCUUCGAAUGGUGGUGAUGUUGGUCUUGCUGGGCGCCGCUGUGGGUGUUUCCACAUCCGUGUACCUGUUCUUGGAUAAUGGGGAAAAGGCAGCCUUUGAGGACCAGUUUGACUCGGAUGCUGCCAAGGUGAUUGAAGAAACAGGCAAGACGCUGGACAACACGUUGGGACCGGCGGAUGCUCUCCUGGUCAAUCUGGUGGCUCACUCUCGAACACUCCCCAAGAGACUGCCCAACCAAACAACGGCAUUCCCCUUUGUCACUCUGCCUUCCUUUGGUCUACAAGCGACCAAGAUGCUGCGCAAUUCUAAAGGCUUUAACCUCUAUGUGGCGCCCAAACUGGAGCAGGAACAAGUCCCCGAAUGGAAGACAUUCAUCAAUGAGACCCACAAGACAUGGAUCGACGAGGGGUUGGCUGUGGCCGAGACGGAUCCCGACUACGACGGGUUGAUCUACAAAGCGUACAAAAACAGGACCUGUCCGGACUUGUACACCUGGGGAGGACAAGUGGUCGACCUGCCACGUCCUGAUGUGGGCUUUUAUCUUCCCAAGGUAAUGGAAUAUCCCAUUGUGACUGGGGCCGGGAGUAGAAAUGGGUGUCCCUACAAUGUCGAUAUGGCACGAGCCUCUAGGGAAACUUCAAAGGUCAUGAACAUGAUGAAGACACAACGCAAGGCAGCCAUUGGACAGUUUUCCAAUAUCAAUUUCAAUCGAUCCGAUCCCGUUCAAGAGCAGCAAUACUUAGCAUUGAUUGGCUUUUACAGUUUAUUCCUUCCCAAAGAAGAGGACCCCUCUGAACCCAUCUGCUCCAUUAUGAUGCCCAUCUUUGAUGCCGUUGAUACUGUCUAUCUCGAUGACAGCAGUCGUGCCAGUCCAGAAGACUUUGUGGGGUUCUUUGGACUCAGCAUUCAAUUCAAAGCAUGGAUUCGGAAUAUUCUACCCGAAAAGUCCAAUGGGAUUAUUGUGGUUGCCGAACAAUCAUGUGGUGCUGCCAUCCCAUUCACCUAUCGCAUUGAUGGUGCCCAAACCACCUACCUUGGAACGGGGGAUCACCAUGAUCCCAAGUACGAUCACAUGGUCCGCUCAGUGGUACUCCAGGCGUUGACUGAUCCUAAUGUCUUUGACCAUGGCACUUCCUACACUGGAGUCCCAUUGGCUGCAGACUUUUGUCCCAUUACCAUCAACAUCUAUCCAUCGCAGGACAUGGAGGACAAUCAUCGCACCAACACACCUCUCUAUCUGACCAUUGUUGCUGCAGGCAUCUUUGUCUUUACGUCGCUUGUCUUUGUCUGUUACGAUUUCCUGGUGGAACGACGCCAAAGAAAAGUCAUGGACCGCGCCGUGGCAUCCGGUGCCAUUGUUUCCAGCCUGUUCCCACAGGAAGUGGCCCAAAAGCUUUAUGAAGAAAACAAGGCCAAGUUUCAGAAGGAAGAGCAACAGCGAAAUUAUAAGAGUGGUCAAGUACCAGGACUGCACUCACUGCCUUUGGUCAAUGACAUGAAUCAAAUCGCACAGCUUCAUCCGGAAUGCACUGUCUUUUUUGCUGAUCUUGCUGGCUUUACGGCUUGGAGUGCCAAAAGACAGCCCACCGAAGUGUUUCAAUUGCUAGAGACACUCUAUGGCGAAUUCGACAAGAUUGCGGACCGUCGGCGAGUGUUCAAAGUCGAAACAAUAGGAGACUGUUACGUAGCGAUCACGGGCUGCCCCAAACCACAAAACACUCAUGCUGUAAUCAUGUGUCGAUUUGCUCGAGACUGCAUGAACCGAAUGACUGAAGUCACUGCUGAACUGUCUGACAGCCUUGGAGAAGACACCGCAACCCUGGGCUUUCGAGUUGGCUUGCACAGUGGUCCCGUCACCGCAGGAGUGCUGCGGGGCCAAAAGGCUCGCUUCCAACUCUUUGGAGAUACGGUCAAUACUGCUGCCCGCAUGGAAAGCAACGGUGUGAAGGGGCGCAUUCACAUUUCCCAGUCUACCGCGGACUCUUUGAUGGCCCAGAACAAGGGCGACUGGCUUUCGGAGCGACAAGACAAGAUCACGGCCAAGGGGAAGGGUGUCAUGACAACCUACUUUGUGACUCCCAGGUCUGCUGGGACCCUAACUACAGAAAGUGUUGUUUCGCAUCGUAGUGGAUUUGGCAGUAAUACAUUUGGCAGCAUAGAGGAAGGUAUGGAGGGAAUACCAGAAUUGCAUGUCAAUACUAUGGAGGUCUAGAAUUUGUGAGUUGCUUCAUGUUCAUAUUGAGGCUCAAUGACACACAAUUCCAUUUCCAAUGCCUGCAAAGCUUCUAAGAAAUCAUUGCUAGCUUAAGCACAUAUCAUAGUGGAUGGAUUACAGUGCCCGGAGAGCAAUCUGAGACUCGACAAAUAGUACGUACCCAACACCGAAUUAGAUCCGUCGGCUGGAAUCGACGAAUCAUCCUGGACGCCACCCAGCUGUAGCAGCAUGUCCCGAAGCACAACUGGACUGGAACGAGUGCCAGGCACUGAGGUUUGGAUCUUUGGAUUUCAUUAUCGAGCGGUCAGUUGCCAAUGCCGUUGCUUUGCUUAAGUUUGGCCCUCGCUAGAUAAGCUACUUACUCUAAACCCCCUUUGCUUGGUCGAAGAAUGACGUUACUAUGGGUUAGAGGGGGCUAUGGGGAGGAUGGGUGACAGAGGAAGAGGGCAGGAUGGAAGAAUGCAUGCUGAGGAACAAACGAUCGAGUGAGCAGAGCAGCAUCAAAACAAGGGAGGAAAGGGUGGCAAAGGAGGAGGGCAGAAAGGAAAAAGUGUGUCCCAGAGUGUAGAUCUCCUCGAUGUGCGGCCGGGAAGUUUGCAAGUGUCCGCAAAGUGGGGCUGAAUGGGACGCGACCGAACACGACGGAAGUCCCAAGACCAGAACUGCGCCGAUUUUGUUGUUUGCUGCUUCUAUGCGUUCACAAUGGCCAAUAGUAGCAAACCAAUGUGGUCCCACGGAACGGCGCCGUAGUAGCGGUAGAUGCAGGUUCGGCGGCAAUCGGGGCUUGUGGUCAUUGACGAUUUCGACAAUUGCACAUUUCUACUAGCUCCAUGGAGAGCUGAGAAGGGCAGUGAAGUUAAAAUCCCGAGAAUUGCAGCUUCAACAAAACAAUAACGCAGCAAUGAAGUUUUCCGAAACAGCCAUUGUUCUUCUUCUCCGAGAUCAAAGAAUACACGCUAGCUACAUGUAGUAGCUCUACGUAGCAACCCAGUCCAAGAUCUCUCGAACUGGCAAAGGCACUGGGAUUGGAGAUGCCACAAAACGCAUCCAUGAAUGUCAGCCGCGAACCCUGGUUUUUCAAAACAGCCAGAGAUCUUUUUCUCCAACAUCAAAUACACGCUAGUACAAGUACUGGCAAGGACCCCUCACAACUUGAUGUCUCGGCAUGCAAAACCCACGACGAACCUUUUCUUGGAAAUGGACGUCACACGGCAACACCCACCAUCAAGAUGAUCAAUUGCAGGCACUGGGAUGAGCUCCAUGGCUGCUGCCAUGGACUGAUCUGGAACCAUCAAAAUCUUGCCAAGGCCCAAUUAAAUAUUUGCGCGGGCAUUACGCCAUUCAGGCGGACAGACGAGUUCAAACAUUAAGGGCUACCACUAGCUGGUGAUGAACCAGGUCGUUGUACCUGAAGGGGCCGUGCCGCCGAUGAUGAUGUGUUCGAACCAAUGGGGUCAAAUUCCGUGUUCCGGAUCAGCUCCAUCAAGCAC